CCGUUCAGCCUGUGGCUAUAGCGGGGAAGAUAGCAGACAAACUUAUCUUAACUCAUUCAAACUGUCUGGGGAAGCUCGCCCUGCAAACCAUCGGGAUAUUCACCAGACAGUACGAGACAAGUUGUAUUGGAAUAACAUCCUAAAACCGAAAUCGAUGUCUUAUUUCAGGAUAAGAAUUUAAUUUUAAGACGGGAACAACGUUUUAAAACUUUUUCUAAAACUUUUUCUAGAACUUUUUAUGCUGCCACUGGAGUUAUUAUUACAUGUGGUGUGAAUAAAAUUCAAGACAACUCUCUGGACAUUACAAUACGUGCCUCCUGCGUUUUAUAAGUGUGUUUAACACUGUUUUCUAUUCUUUGCUUACUGUUUUUUGUGUACUGUAUGUGCUUAUUUGCAAACUGGAAAACAGAGACAUUCUUCUGUUGGACCGAGAGGAAAUUGGUUUUGGAUAACUCCGCAGAUUACUUUAUUGAUUCAAGAUUUUAACAGUAGUCUACAAAAGGGAACUUGAUUUUGACAUCUGUUAUUAAGGAUAGUUGAUUUGUAUUUUGUAAUUAAAUUAGAACAUUGACAACGCAGGAACGUUAUGAGUAAGUGUGUGGGAAUAAUUGGUUUGGAGUAGAACGUUUCUUUUUUAAAAAAAAAAAAAAAAAAAAAAAAAGCUUAUUCCAAAAACGAUAUUGAGCAACCAAACUGAAACGCACAAUAUUCAGGAGGAGAGAACCCAAAAGACAAGACGUUUCUUUCUUUUAAAUGUUUUUAAAUCUUGAGAAGAGCAUUUCCAACAGGUGCAGCACAUGUGCGCUACCCAGGACCAUCACAAUCUUAAUAAUUGCAAUUUCACGGUGAUUUUAUACCUCUUAACCCGAGACAGACAACAAGGAGAAGAGAAUUUGUCACAGAAAUUCAACAUUAAAAACACACACACAUACACACACUUCGCUGUGCCUCUUUUACGACUGAACCAUUGACAGAUGUUCUCUGGAUCAAUCACCGCUGCAGACAACAUGCAAAAAAACACGUUUACAUUAAGAUCUUUGGCUCAGGGGGGCAUGGACCUCAGUCUGACCCAAGGACAGUUCACCAUGACGGGGAUCCACUUGCUACUGGCAAUCGCUCUCAUCUCCUGCACUUCCCAGCUCUUCGUGGAUGCAAACUCGUGGUGGUCUUUAGCAAUGAACCCCAUUCAGAGACCCGAGAUGUACAUCAUAGGAGCGCAGCCUCUGUGCAGUCAGCUCGCGGGGCUGUCGCAGGGCCAGCGGAAGCUGUGCCAGCUGUACCAGGAUCACAUGGUAUACAUCGGCGAAGGGGCCAAGACUGGCAUCAAGGAGUGUCAGUUUCAAUUCAGACAGAGGCGGUGGAACUGCAGCACAGUGGACAACACCUCGGUCUUUGGACGGGUCAUGCAAAUAAGCAGCAGGGAAACGGCCUUCACCUACGCAGUGAGUGCGGCGGGUGUGGUGAACGCCAUCAGCAGGGCCUGCAGGGAGGGGGAGCUGUCCACCUGUGGCUGCAGCCGGGCCGCGCGCCCCAAGGACCUCCCCCGGGACUGGCUGUGGGGGGGCUGUGGGGACAACGUGGACUACGGGUACCGCUUCGCCAAGGAGUUCGUGGACGCCCGUGAGAGGGAGAAGAAUUACCCCAAGGGCUCGGAGGAGCACGCACGCACCCUCAUGAACCUGCAGAACAACGAGGCUGGAAGACAGGCGGUGUACAACAUGGCGAAUGUGGCUUGCAAGUGCCACGGCGUAUCGGGCUCCUGCAGCCUCAAGACCUGCUGGCUUCAGCUGGCUGACUUCCGCAAGGUGGGCGAGUUCCUCAAGGAGAAGUACGACAGCGCGGCUGCCAUGAGGAUCAACCGCAAAGGCAAGCUGGAGCUGGUAAACCAGCGCUUCAACCCGCCCACCCCUGAGGACCUGGCGUACAUGGACCAGAGCCCGGACUACUGCCUCCGCAACGAGAGCACCGGCUCGCUGGGCACCGAGGGCCGUCUCUGCAACAAGACCUCUGAGGGGAUGGACGGCUGUGAGCUAAUGUGCUGUGGCCGGGGCUACGACCAGUUCAAGACCUACCAGUACGAGCGCUGCCACUGCAAGUUCCACUGGUGCUGCUACGUCAAGUGCAAACGCUGCACUCAGAUUGUGGAUCAGUUUGUCUGUAAAUAGAACCCAGAGAUUGAUCGAGGCAACCAAGAAACAAAAAAAAAAAAAACAGACAUAAAAAAAGAUUUAAUAAAUAAAUAGAAGAUAAUAAUAAUUUAAUAAGAAAAAAAAACAAAAAAAAAUAUUUUUAUAUAGUGUCAAAACCCCACAACACAGCCCCUCUAUCCAGGACAAAAUGCUCUCCAUAAACCAGCUUACUGGCCCGACUGAAAUAUCCAGUGUGGGAUACUGGCUGAAACUAAUUUCUCUCCUCAGAAGCCUUCCCUUGCACUAAAUCAAGUUUUGAGUCCAGUGUACUGGAUGGGUGCGUUUGAUCAAAUCCCAGAAGCCAAGCACAAAUCAGUAAUACCAACAUAUUGAGGAAUAUGACUGUAGUAUAACCCCUAUCACACCCACAGUCUCAAGUUUGGAUAUAGAGCUGGCUGUGUGACUCGUAUGAGACUUUUGGCCUGUUUGCAGUCUUCAUCGGAUUGCUCCCCUUGCAAGCUCUUUCCGGUUGCCCCUCGUUGUUCACCCUGGAAACCGCGCGUGGUGUCUGAAAUCACUUCAAUUUAUAAUUAUUUGUAUUUCACUCGAACAGAGAAUGGCAUCCUCAACCGAGGCAGGGCCUGAACUUGUGCCUCAAAAUAUUCACAGUGAAGAUGUGGAUAUAGUUACACUGUUGGAAAACGCUCUCGCAAGAAAGGACGGUCGUCGGGGGGGAAAAAAACUGUACAUGACCCCAAACGUUUACGUAGCAAACCUGAGGACACAAAGUUAUUGUGAGCAAACUAUGCAUGCUGUAACUGUAAUGAGAAUAUGGAUGGACUGUUAAGCUCACAGGUGACCACAACCUGCAACCACACAGAGCUUUAAGCAGUAUAUUUUGCUGGAUUGAAUUACAAAGGUUCAGAUUUGUUGUGACUUAUAAAACAAAUGGCCACGUCUCCAGGAAAGCACAAAGAAGAAAAAAAAGCAACUUUCCAUCAUCAGCCAAGUUCCAGACGCAAGGAAGUGACUGUAAGAGUUGCACCAGUGAACUGUGGGAGCUGUAGUUUUCUUAGGCACAGGAGGUCGAAAUGCAUACAAAUUUAACGGUUUGCAGAGAAUUGCUUUUUCACCCAGAAAUACAGAGUAGGUUGGGGGUGUGUUAUUAAAAUAGGGAGCCUAACCAUGUUGUAACCAAUGUAGGUAUCAAUUGUGAAGGCUUAUAGAGUGAGGCCUAAAGUAAAAUGGGUCCCUUGGGGCAUUGACGUUACCAUAGCAAUUAAACAAGGCCCAUGAUCCCCCAUACCUGCCGGUCAGAGAGGGGACUAGAGACACAGAUGGGAGUUUACAACAUUCUUUUAUAAGAGGCUAGUCCACAAGAAGAUGUAAAGGAAUCCUUGAGCAAAUUUUAGAGUCUCAUUGUGAGCAUGCAAAACAGUGGGCAAAUCUGCAACCAAAGGACCAUUCCAGUCUAGUCUAGGGUUGUUCCAGUUAGGGCCCAAAUAUAUACAUGCAUAUGUAUAGCUCAUAUGAUUCCCAAAGUGCAUUGGACAUGUAUUGCAGACUGUGUAACACAUGUGUCUGUGAGUGCUGUGGAAAGACUGAUGGAAUAUUUCUGGGGCUGGCUGGAAUGGGUGAUUGGCAUCAGGUUUAGGCAGCCAUGCAUGAUGUUGUACAGACGUUCUGCAGGGAGAUGGGACUAAAGGAAGGGUUCAUGGGGUGGUACAGCACUUCUGUUCCAGUUGCAAUGAUCUAAAACCUGGAUACAGAUGAAUGGCACGCCUCACAGUAGCAGGGCACCAAUGCAGCCUCAACAGAAUGUUACAAGCUGUCUGACGGUUGUGUGUUUUACACUUUUGCUACCCCCUAUUGCAGUUCCUGUCACUGAGGUAACUCAUCCAUCUUAGACUCCAUACUGCCUUUGUAGGUGGAUUUAACACACUUUAAGCAAGGCAUGCAGUAAGAGAGAGCAAACAAACCAUCCUUUACAAGGCAUGCAAGCAGCAGAACCACCUGGUUUUUGUAUAUGUGAAAACUUUAAGGGUGAAAUCAAAGAGAGCAAGACAAGGACAAAAAGCAUUGGUAGAACAGAAUAUCUCACUUAUUAAAAAUAAUUAAGAACUAUUUUAUUACUGGCUUUUAUAUCAUAUAUGUGUUGUUUUUCUUCUUGUUUUUUUUUUCUUUUCUUUUUGGUUGGUUUUGAACCAGAUGUUUUUAAGUGCAGUCUUCAGUGCUACUCUGUCCACCCUAGGCCCCUGUCUGGUUUUGUCAUUUUUCUCUUGAGAAGAGCAACUCAGCUUAAACACAGGGGACAGGAUGGUGGUACGCAGGACCAUUGUCUGAUGACUAUUUAUUUAAAGGCCCUGCCUGCCAUCAAACUGACUCUCCCCCCCCCCCCCCCCCCCUCCCCCCCCCCCCCCCCCCCCCUCCAUCCUGACACACACUGUCUCCCAUCCCAGCUACAGACGCACACACAGACUGGGACAAAGUACUUUUAUAUUUUCUUGCAAUCUGUAAAAAUCCUUUGUAAUCUAACACAUGUAAUGCAGACUAUACAACAAAUACAACAUUUAUUUUGUAACCUAAAACAACUGCUGUCUGAUAAGUAUAUAUACUUAAUAUGUAUUUCUGUUUUUUUUUUUCAACCCAUUAACAUUAAAAAAAAAAU